UUUACGUAGUGCGCCCCGUGCCGUCGCGUAGCACGUACCGAACGCUGCCGACGAAAACCGAGCGAAUAUAAAAAAAACAAGUUCCAAAUUCAAAUGCUUGAAAAUCAAAAAUAAGGUGCCUAAUUUAUGUAUUUUUUUGUGAUUUUAGUUUUUUAUAUUGUGUGUUCGGAUGCUAGCAAGCGCUCUCCCUGGGAAUUGCUAUAGCAACGAAUGACGUCAAGUUCAGGGUUGGUGCAUUUUCGUUCAAUACAAGUUUCUGAGAUUUUCAUUCGACCAGUCGCCGAGGAUUUGAGUGGCCAGUCGCAUUGAAGUGAACGUGUGACCCGAAUGUAGCGGUUUAUGGAGGAGUGCACUUACUUCGCGAAUCAUGAGUUUGAUGACAAUCAUCAAGUUCGGGUACACCCUAGUGGUGGUCACACUCCUGCUGAUGAUAUGGGCCUCGCUAUCCAGAGCAUUAGACCUCCACGUGGACACCGGUCACCCGCCGUGCCUGUUCCAAGCGCUCUGCACGUGCUCGAAGCCGGCCGGAGACCUCGGCAUCGUGACUUGCAAGAACGUGCCCGUCCUGCGCGUGCCCGCCGCCGUCAACAGCUCCAAAGUGUUCACGUUGCAGCUGACUGGGAACAGGAUUAGAGAUCUUGAGCCGCAUUUCUUCCAGACAACUGGACUAUAUAGACUGGCGAUAAACCAGAAUCCCCUGGAAACGAUCCAAGAGGAGGCGUUCUACGGGCUGGACAAUACGCUGUGGGAACUGGAGCUCAAACAUGACGGGCUUACUGCCGUCCCGAGUCGCUCCCUGCGGUAUUUGCAGAAACUGAGGCUGCUAGACCUCACCGGUAACGAAAUCACAGACAUAUCAGGCGACAACUGGCGAGGCUUAGAGAACACGCUACAAACCCUGGUGUUGGCGGACAACUCCAUCGCCAACUUGCCGGUGGACGCGUUUGCCGGGCUCCCCAUGCUCGAGACCCUGGAUCUUCGAGGAAACCACUUAGCGAUCAUCGAAGCAGGCGUCUUUAGAGAUGGCAUGAGCAGGCUUAAUAAGCUGUUGCUCGGCGACAACCAACUGAGCUAUAUCCCGUACGAGGAGUUGUCCCCCCUACGGCAACUGAGAGUCCUGGACCUUUCCAACAACGUGAUCAAGCAAGUUCCACCGCUGCACGACAUUAACGGCGUCAGACUCUCUUUAGAUGUCUUAAAGUUAGACAAUAACAUCAUCAAGAUGCUGAAUCCCGGGUCAUUCCAGAAUUUCUACGUUCUGAAUCAAACAUCACUUGAUGGAAAUCCCAUUUAUGCCAUUAGGGAAGACGCUUUCCGCAACGCAAAGAUACGGACCCUGUCUCUCCGCGACUGCGGCAUCACGGAGCUUUCCCCGGCCGCCUUUGCGGGGCUGGAGAACAGUCUACAAACCCUCGACCUGGCCGAGAACAACCUCACCAUGAUCUCCAAGUUCAUGCUCAACAAACUGGACGCGCUGCGGUUCUUGAACCUAAAAGAAAACAAGGUGGAUACAAACUUGAUAGCCACAAACACGCCCACGGAGUUUUCGCAAGCGAAUUUCAACAAUUUUCAGUACAAGUUGUUCUACUUAGAUGUCAGUGGGGCAUCUUCUAUUGAAAUGAGCAUACAGGACGUAAGAAGGAUGAGAUCCCUGCGAUACCUAGCUGUAGGCAGGCUUAUCAGACGCAGUAUAAGAUCGGAAGACUUUUUAGAGUUUGGAGUGGAGUUGGAAGAUCUCAAGAUCUACGGGAGCACGAUCAAUAGAAUCGAAUCGAGCGCCUUUGAGCACGUACGGUCUAUCAAAACCUUAGACCUUUCUGAAAACGAUAUCGACUUCAUUGACCCCUUCGCUUUUGCUGAGUUGCACAGUUUAACUACGUUAAAAAUUGUUAACGGCUUAGCAGACAACGUGAAGAUUCUGCCUUUUGAACCACUUAAAGCUCUCAUCGAGCUUCAGUAUUUGGAUUUCAGUAAUAACAAACUGAAGAAUGUUCCUGACACGUCGUUUCAUUUCUUAUACAAACUGAGAUCGUUAAAUUUACAAGACAAUUAUAUUGACCACUUUUCGAAAGGGACACUUCAGGGUGACAUUCACAAACAAUUGGAAUCCGUUUACAUAUCUCAUAAUCAAAUGAGACAAAUAGUACAACACACGUUUGUAGAUCUGAGAGAACUCCAAGAAAUUUUCAUCGAGGACAACUUAAUUGAAAUAAUUCAAAGGAGAGCAUUUACGGGUUUGGAUAACUUGAAAGUUAUAAAACUUAAAGGAAAUAUAAUCAACGACAUUACUGAUGAAGCAUUUCAGAAUUUACCUGCACUUGCCGAGUUGGAUUUAUCCUUCAACAAACUGUUUAUAUUCAAGUUUUCAGUAUUUGACCAAGUGGGGUCUGCAACGGCGUUGAAAGUAAAUGCAUCUUAUAAUGAAAUUAUUUCACUGGCGGAUUCAAAUGCGCCCAGUUUCUUCACUUCAAAUUUCUAUGCGCCUCCUAAGGCACUAAAUCUUGGGACUGUAUCCGUCAAUAUCAGAGUAUUGGAUUUCUCUCACAAUAAUAUUACAUAUAUUGCCCCGUAUUACUUCAGGCACGCAGACUUAACUCUUUCGGAACUUCGGCUUUCACACAAUAGAAUUCGUAAUGUUACUCGUGAUGUUUUUGGAUCUAUGGUCAUGCUGCAAUAUUUGGAUUUGUCGCAUAAUGAAAUAUAUGAUUUGGAAUACGAUUGCUUCAAAAAAGCUAAAAAUUUACAGAUAUUGGAUUUAUCUCAUAACCAUCUAGUGGAGAUUCCGAUUGAGAUAUUCCACGAUAUGCAGUAUCUGACGUCCGUUGACUUGUCCCACAAUCGCCUUAGAAAUGUCCCUGAUAAUUUGAUUAUUUCAUCUGCGUUGGAAAGGUUUGACUUGUCCGAAAAUCAGCUAUCGAGGGUCCCAACAUCUUCUCUAUCGUCUUCAGCAGCAGCCAAUCUCGUCGAAUUUGACCUCAGCGGUAACAACAUUCCUUCAAUUGCGAUAUCUGACUUGGUUCAGAGAUUUAAGAACUCCGACCAAGUGGGCGAGUACUGGCCCGACGAACAGGACUACAGCGAUGAGUACAUGUACCACACGGCUAGACGAGAUCAUCAGAGAGUGUAUCACCAAAAAAAACAAUAUCCGCAGAAUAUUCUAUAUAAGUCUCUGGCCUGGCUCGAUUUGUCGGACAAUCACCUGGUUCGUAUAGAAGGCGGCACAUUUACAGCAUUACCUAAGCUCCGAUGGUUGGACCUUAGCCAUAACUCUCCAUUUAAUUCUGGAGACCGUGAGAACAACGCUUUCAAAGGAUUGGAGAGAAAACUUUUGUAUUUGGGUUUAAGAAAUGUCAGCCUAUUACAGGUGCCAACGUUGCAGUUGCCAAAGCUAAAGGGUUUAGAUCUCUCAUAUAACAAUCUGCCAUCAAUCGCACCAGACGCAAUAGCCAAACUAACUCAUUUGAGGAAGCUGGAUGUUUCCUACAACGACCUUAGUACCGUGCCAGUGGCGACACACUCCUUAAACGAGCUGCGUUGGCUUUCUUUAUCCGGCAAUCCUAUAACGGCGUUGAUGAAUACUAGUCUUUACGGACUAUCACCGAGGCUAGAAUAUAUUGACCUCACACAUCUUCGAUUGAAAAUACUUGAGCAUGGUGUCUUUAACAAAAUGUAUGGACUCAGAACACUAAAAAUUACUGUAUACGAUAACGUCAGAGACUUUAGUGUUCCAAAAAUGUUGACACACAACGCGGCUUUGGAAAAUCUUUUACUGGAAGUCGAAAGUCCAGCUGUUGAACUUGGUAAAGAAUUAAGUGGCCAGUUGCCGUGCAAACUUAAUAACAUUACUAUAACAGGAAGAGGAAUGAAGUUCCUUUCACCAUAUCUGCUUAGCGGUGUACAUUCGAAAGUUCUGAAGCUUACGAUUUUUAAUACGAGCAUAGAAGAGAUACCACCUGAAGUGUUCUGGGGCCCAGGUCGUGUCAAGAAUAUAACGCUUGAUCUGAGGUCGAAUUAUCUGAUGAGGGCGCCUAAUCCGGGCACAAGAGAAUGGCCAGGAGUACCCAACAGCAUGUUCCUUGAAGACAUUUUAGUAGCUGACAAUCCGAUUUACUGUGAUUGUGGAAUUGGGUGGAUAGAAGCAUGGGACCGCAAAAGAAGACAAUAUCUUUGCGAAAGUCCCUCGAAGUGUGUUGCAACGCGAGAUGAUGUCAGAUUUGCGAGGUGCUCGUACUAUGACAACAGAACGUUUAGUGAUGUACUGAAUCGAGAUUUAGACUGCGGCUGGAGUAGUGGAAUUCGAAGCAUGCCCAAUUUGCUUAUCGUUGCCGGCAUGUUGCUUCUAACAUGUCUUUACGUAUGAGGUCUAUAUUGGCUCCUUGGGGUAUAUGAAGAAUUCCACCUUAUCCUAGCACGAAUAUAUGGUAUUUAGGGAGUAACGUGCCGUAAUAUUUGGGUAAUUAUUCUAAUUGCUCAACUGAGAAAAUAUUGACCUGCUAGGACAUCAGAAAUUGUCCUGUACCAUUAUAACCAGAAGAGUGAGAUGGUGUAGAUUUUAGUAUCCAUUUUCUAUCUGAAUGUAGGUACAUGUAUAAAUGGCCUACAUUACAACCCACUGAAUCUCCCAAUAUGUGCUCCCAAAUAGCCAAAUUUGGAUCGUCGUAGUAAUAGUACGUGAAAUAGACACUUCGAGGUAAAAAGUGAAGCUGAGUGAGAUACGCGAUUGAUUAGUUGUAUAAAGGACUUUUGUAAUUGAUUGCAUACCUACAACUCUAGUGUUGCCUACUGUGCGUGAUUAAUUGCCGUUUUAAAAGAUGAGGCAACUGAUGUGAUCUCAAGAGAUUAAACGUAACCAACUGAAAUAUACUUGUUUCUCUUGCAACUUGGUAUACAAAGUUGGAACCUUUUUUGAGUGUGCGUAGAAUUAAGAGUAUUUUUUUUAGAUUUCACUCAUUUCGUGCACUGCCUUACAAAAAACCUCUGUGAUUUUUGUCCGGAGAAAUGUCCAAGUUGAAGGUGCGCUUGUAAUGAUAUCGAAAUGAAAAGAUUAAAACAUUUUAAUCGUUUAUGUGUGGAAGUGCACUUAAUGCGUCGAGGAGUUGCAUUUAUGUCGGGUUAAGAUUUGUUCGCAGGAAAGCAAUGACUUAAUAUUUGAUGGUAUAAGUAGACUGCAUUCACUGGAAUGAGAUGUGUUCGUCCAUUAUUAAGGUUUACAAUAUUAUUUUAGGUGUAUGGUUUGUGUAUUAGUAACCUUUAGAUAUAGGUUCUUUAAUAGGUACCUUUUAAUAGCCAAUUAGAUGAACAACUCCUGCAUUGAUUGUUUGGAUAUUAACUGUGCUCUUAAACAUUUGUACAAAAAUAAAUUUCUAGAUAUUUUAUCUAUCUUAUUUCAGAGUCACUAUCUCUCUUAAAGUUAAAAUUGUAAAUUCUGUAUUCAUUACAUGCACGUUUGUUAUUAGUAAAGAUUUUAGGCUGUAUGUGCUAAUUUCAAAACAAGUGGAAAUUAUUUAUUUAUAAUGAAUACAGGAUUUAUGCAAGUUUCCUCUUUACACUGUUUGGCAUCAUUGUUUAGCUGUCUACAAAGUUUAUCAAUAUAACUGUUAAAAUAUAUUUCAUUGCAUAUUCAAUGUCAGUAGCUCUAAUGGUAUCUAAGAACAAUGUUCUUGUUUAGUCAACAUAAGAGUAAUGUAGGAUAUGAAUGACUGAUCUGAAUAUUUUAGAACGGCUGGCAGGUUAUGUACUACGACCAUUGAUAUAGCUAAAAUUCAAAGUUUAAUACUUGCUGUAUUGAUUUUAUAUGUAAUACACAUUCACAUAAUUAUAUAUAUAUAUACAUUUACAUAUAAUAUACAUUUUGUUCUCUGUGACGACUGAGUUGUUGUGAUAGUUAGGCUUUACAGAACGUGCUUGCCGGUCUAAUAAUGACGAUAACGUGAAGACGAACUACUAAUAUACAAUAAAUCAAAGUAAAUUGCGUUUUCCGUUAAUAUGUAUCUAUAAAUAUAUAUUUUUAUAAACAUAAUUAUGCUUGAUUUUUCCACAUUAUUUUAAAGCUUGUUGAGGUUAUUUGUAGAUUAUGCUUUAAGUUAAGGCAUGUACAGUUAGGACCUCUAUAAGUAGGAACACCUAUAUAUUGUAGAGAAUUGCAAUAAUACAUAAUGAGCGAUUUUUAUACGGUAACAUAUCCAAUAAUCCGCACUAAAAAACUCCAGCCAUAGCCACUUAUUUUUGCUGGAAACUGAUAAUAGCUUAUUUGAAUCAAAUUGGCAAUCAUUGGUUGAUCGGAAAUGAGUUGUUUACCCUAAUAUCAGUAACAUUUUAUUUAUUAUUGUCCUUUAUGACAUCAUGAACCUGCCUAGGAAGCUGGUCUCGGGUUUGAAUCCCGUUGUGUGUUAAUCAUAAAUAUUUCUUCAUGAGUUGUGGAUGUUUUCUAUUAUAUUAUAUCGUCGUCUAGUACCCACAACAAAAGCCUUAUUAACCUUUGUGUUAGAUGGUCCCAUUAUAUUUAUUUAUUUAUUUUAUACGUAAUGAAGAGAAAAUUAACCUUACCUGUAUAGAAAUCUCUGUAUACACAUUUAAUAUAGCUAUAUAUUUUAACCUUUUCGCUGCCAUUGACUUGAUAUAAAGUUAGUAGGUACAUUUCGUGCCCCACACACCACGACUUGAUAAUAUAUGUUAUACGGGUUGUUUACGUGCAAUUUUGAACAUGGCAUUGAUGACACUUUUAUUUGAUUACUUUAUUGACGUGGCGGCGAAAAGGUAAAGGUAAUUUUACUAAAGAAAACAUCUACCUACCUGAUGAAUACUAAAAACGUUUUUUAUAAAUAUAAUUUUGUGUGUGUUUUCUUGCAAUUCUUACAUUAGGUCAGCGACAGCGACAGUGAUUUCAAUCGUAUACCUCUUCUUCAGUGGUCCAGUGGAGGCGGUGUCAGGCCUACAAGUCUACAUUUGUUUUCAAUGCCCUUGCCUUCACUAUUUCAUAUAAUUUAAAAGAAAUAUUUUUCAGUUUUUCUUAUUAUAAUUAAAUAAAUAAUUACUUAUUAAUUGCAUAAUAUUUUAGUUUUUAUGAAAAAGUAAUUAGAGAAUCUUCGUUUUUUUUUUAAACGCAUGUUAGAAAACGGUUUCGGCAUUGAAAACAAAUGAAUAUCGUUGAAACAAUGAAUAUAUUUUGUGAUAUAUAUUGCUAUAAUUAUAUUUUUGAUAAUGCCUAUGAUGGAUAUUGCUGAACUAAUAGGGAAUGGUAGCUGAAUUUAAAUAAUACCUAUAUCUUAUAAAGCUUCUCUAUAGAUAAUGUAGCGUUCAGAAUGUCAAUUGCUAAUUCAAACUCGAUGAUCAAAUAUAUUAUAACAUUUAUAACUUUUAACUAAAAUUAUAAUCAUUAUUUUAGCUGAAAUACAAAUUUUGUGGAACCCACCUAUUUUGUAUAAGCAUCAAUGGUUUUGUUAUUUUUAUUUUUUUAAAUAUGACUUUCUCAAAUCAGCGCUUUUACUGAUUAAUGAUUAUGAAAUACAUAUAAUUAUGUAAAUAUUUGAUAUCUUACAUAAUACUAGUUACCUGUAAAUUUACCUGUUAAAUAACAAAUGGUCAAAAUUAAAUUCAGUUUCCGAACGAUUGAGUUUGUCAACUAAUAUAAAGACGUAUUUUUCUUCGUGAUUUUUAGUUGUUUAUUAUUUUUAAUCCUUCAUCGUUAGUCAUUGUUUAACCUUCAAAUAGGUAUAUUUAGUUUUCCCUUUACCUUUAAAUUACAAAUCCACUUAACGCUACAAAGAACGGCUUCGAAAAAAUAUAUUUUGCAACGUUAUGAAUGUUAUGAAUUAUGAUAAAAAUAAUUUAUAUUUCCACUCUGCAAGGUCCCAUUGUGAUAGAUAUAGCUAGUGCCAACCCGUUAUUUAAUACAAGUGAAGAGCAAUUUUAGAUCAUCGUAGAUAUUAUCUAUGCUCAGUCUUCCUUUAUGGGAUUGGAAUAAAAAACUUAAUUUUUAACGUCUUUCGGUAUUUAAGGUCAUUUUGAUCGCUUUAUAAGAGUUACUAAUUCAUGUCAUAGCUUAGUCGUUAUCAAUUGAACAUUGAUUAUACCAAUCGCAGAAAGGACUACAAAAUGCGUAAUUCGGUCGAACGAAUAAUAUUAUAAACAUAGUGUUGUAAAUAAAAUUCUUAAAAUUUAAUAUAUAAACGAUAUUUUAAUUUCCUGGUUUAGGUACAUUUUAUAAAAUGUAUUUAUUUAAUGUGGAUACUAUUUAGAACAAGGGAAAGUUAUUGUCUUCACUACUUACGAGUCUAUAAUAGUGUGAAAUAAAUUAUUGAAUUAUUAGAGUAUCAAUAAAUUAUUGCGAAA